AACAACAACAACAACAACAACAACAACUUACAUUAAACAACAACUUAAACAAUAACAACUUAAACAACAACCAACAACACCACCACCACCAACACCACCACCACCACCAACAACAACAACAACAACUUAAACAACAACAACGCACACGCACACACACACACAUAUCCACACACACACACACACACACACACACACACACACACACACACACACACACACACAAACACAACGCACCGUGAUCGUUGGCGGCUGUUUCAGUUUCGUCGUCAGAUACAGGAAGGCGUGGUGUGUUGUGAAGAAUGCUUUGCUUCCCUUUCCAACUCACAAGCGCACAGAGAUAGAGAGAGAGGACAGCAAGCAAGCAGCAAGCAACAAGCAAGAACGCAAACCAAACGGAACGCAGCCCCAAUCAGUACCGCACAAAAACACAAACACUGAAAUCAGCUUGUCGUGACAAUUCAGCAUAUCUUAGAGGAAAACGGCAACCUGUCUCUUCCAUCGCGACACGCGACACUCAAAAAAGUGGCAGUACUGCGUAUUUUUUUUUUUUGCUCUGCUUCGCCGCUUGCGACGGGCCCAAGCGCACCGCACCGCUUCUUGGCAACAAACAACCAACAACCUCGACAAGGGAGAGAGUGCUUGUGUUGUGAGCAACGACCACCCACCCACGAUGGCGGACCAGGACCCGAUCACCAUCCCAACGGCUGCCAUGCCGGAUGACGAUGAUGAAGAGGACAACCUGCACGAGGAAGAGGCAACAGCUUCGCCUCCUUCCGCCGCAGAUCAGCAACAAGACGACACGCAAGAAGACGAGGACGACAAGGAAAGCAAGGAAGCGAAAGAGGCUUCCACAGCGCCCGUGUCGGCUGAUGAUGCUGAAGCACCGAAGGAAGGUGGUGCCCAAGAAGAAGGCAAAGACACGGAGGAUGCUGUGCCUCUCGCUGAAGACAGCGACACCACCACAACCACCACCGGUGACAACACACGAACCAACCAACCAAAGCAACAACAAGAAGACAAAGAUCAGCAGCAGCAGCAGGCUGCGCCCGCCAUGAAGCCACGACCACCUUCGUCUCGACAAGGUGCAGGUUCACGGCCGGGCAGCCAUGCCCUGCGGCGAAAACACCGGUCAUCCAAGCCCAUUGAUGAUGACAACAGCAACAACAGCAAGGUCGAUGGGGCUGGCAAGGGCAGCGAGCAGCCUGGAGCCGAAGCUAGUGCUGAUGCCACUGACAGUGCGAGCGUUGACGCUGGCGAUACCAGCGGUGAGGCGACACAGCCCGUGCCGGCAGCGGACGAAGGGAAGAAGGAAGAGGAUGCUGCUGAUCACGAUGCCGCGGCCACCACAGAGGCGUCGACCGACCAAACCGCGGCUGAGGACACCCCGGAUGCCGACGCCCCUGCGACCACAGAACAAGCUGACUCGGGCGAGGCUGCGCCAGAGACCGAAGUGGCCGCAGAUACCACGGCAGACACAACAGCGCCGGCGCAACAGCAGCAGAGCGACGACGCCACUGACGCCGCCACCAAUGCUGACUCCAACAGUGUGGCAGCCACCGCCACCGAAACGGCAGGCGAUUCCACGCCACAAGCUGAGCAACAGCAGCCGGAGCAGCAGGAACCGGGACGCGAAGGCGACGCUGGUGGCAGCACUGAACAUAAGGAGGAACGUGAUGCCAAAGCGAGUGGUGUCAAAGAUGCAGAGCAGGCGCAGGGCGCUUCAGCAGACACCAAGACUGAGGCUGAGGCUGAGGCUGGUGGUGGUGAUGACGAAGCCACCAAGGACCGCGCAGAUGAGGAGGAGAAGAAGGAAGCAGUGGAGGAAAAGGCGGACGAGCAACGCGCAGACACGGAACAGCAGCAAGAAGACAAACAGCAGGCAGACAAGGAGAAAGGCGCCGCCACAGCCGACAAGGGCAAGGCAGCACAGGGAGGAAAGGGAGGCAAGGAUGAAGCUGCUGAAGAACAGGAAGAGGAGCACAUGGAUCCCAGCGCGUACUACGACACGGACGGGCAGUCGUGUGCAGCGGCUGCAGGUGACCUGACACCUCAAGCCAUGGAACUGCACCACAGCUAUGGGUAUGACGCACACAAGCACGACAACCUGCACACGCUGGACAAGGAGACGGUCAUGUUCAUCUCGGGGGCAUAUGUCGUCUUCCUGAACCUCAAGACCAAGGAGCAGCAGUACAUGCGCUCGGCGUCCGGCGGUGCUGUGGCGGCAGUGGCCGUGCACCCGUCGCGCAAGUUCUUCGCCGUCGCCGACAAGGGCGACAACCCGGCCAUCACCGUCUUCUCGUAUCCGGACAAGCGCCGGUAUCGCGUGCUGCGUGGCGGCGCGCUCACGGGGUUUGCGCACCUGUGCUUUGACAACACGGGGGACAAGCUGGCCUCCGUGGCCACGGCACCCGACUACCGGCUCACCGUGUGGGACUGGAAGGAGGAGAGCAUCGUGCUGCGCACCAAGGCGUUCAGCAGCGACGUGUGGCGCGUCACCUUCUCGGCAUUCAACCCGGGGCAGCUCACCACCUCCGGGCAGGGCCACAUCCGCUUAUGGAAGAUGGCCAACACCUUCACGGGCCUCAAGCUGCAGGGCCAGAUUGGCAAGUUUGGGCGCACCGAGCUGUCGGACAUUGCCGGCUACGUGGAGUUCCCGGACGGCAAGGUGCUCAGCGGCUCCGAGUGGGGCAACCUGCUCCUGUGGGAGGGCGGCUUCAUCAAGUGCGAGAUUGCGCGGGCGGACGGCAAGACGUGCCACCAGGGCGCGGUGGAGGCCGUGCUCAUCCUCGACGACUCCGGCGACGUCGCCACCGCGGGCGCAGACGGCCACGUGCGCGUGUGGGACUUUGAGACGCUGGACGGCGCCGACCGCCCGCACGACUCGCCCUACUUCGCCAUGGAGCCCCUGUACGAGCGGCGCCUCGCCCCAGACGCGCACGUGCGCUCGCUGGCAAAGAGCCUGGAGCUCGGCGAGGAGGACACGGAGACGGUGUACUACGCACAGGACGUGACGGGCCGCAUCUGGAAGGUGGACCUGUCCCCGAGCCCAACAACCCGGCCACCCGUGUCGCUCAUGCAGUUCCACAGCGGGCGCGUGGUGGCUGUGGCCGCGUCGCCAACGCACCACCUCGCCGCCUCCGCCGGCACAGAUGGCCGCCUGCGCGUGUACGACUACGUGCGGCGCAAGGUGGCGUGCACGUGGAAGUCUGAGGAGCUGCCAGACCUCGCCUGCCACUGCCUGACGUGGGCCAACCGGGCCGUGGACGCGGAGGGCCGCACCCUGUUUGCGGGCUUCUCCGACGGCGUCGUUCGCCAGUUCCGCCUUGCCAAGCGCACGCGGCUCGUCCUGACCAAGGUGGCAAAGCCCUUCAAGGGCCGUGUGGACCACGUCGCCCUCACCCCUGACGGCGGCCGCCUGUGCGUCGUCACAAACGAUCCAGAGAGCAUCGCCGCCCUGGUUGCUGCGCGCGUGCACCACGACGGCGAAGCCGCCGAGCGCGACGCAGCCGAAGAUGCAGCCGCAGUGGCUGCCCUGGCCAAACAAUACGCGUCUGCGUGUUUUUUCCUGGAGGUGGAUGCGCUGGAGCUGCGGCCCAUCGGGUUUGUGCUCAUUGGGCAGCGGGUGAACCGCGUUCGCUGCUCCGCAGACUCCAAGGUGCUGCUGCUGGCGUGCGACGCCGCCAAAGUGGUCGAGCUUCGCGUCGCCGGCCACGCAGACCGCACCAGCGUGCACACCUUUGAGCUGCCUGCACUGGACCGGCGCACAUACACGUUCAACUCCAUCAUGCACAUCCUGGAGCCGCCGCCGGAGCCGAAGCGACGCGCAUCCAAGGCCGGCGGUGACAAGGAGGGCGCCGAUGGCGACGAGCACGGCGACGACGGCAGCGGGGACCGUGGUGGUGGUGGUGGUGAUGAUGAUGAUGACGAAGAGGGCGCCCAAAAGGACAAGAAGAAGGGGAAGAAGAAGAAGGCCCCCAAGCCCGUGCCCAAGUUUCUGCCCACGGACGCGCCCGUGCUUGACGCGUGGUACGGCGGCGACGGCAGCAGCAAUGGCACGCUCAUGCUGACGGCCGGUGGGAAGGAGGCCGGGUACGUGUACGAGUGCAGCUGGGAGAUGCCGGAGAAGCCGCUGAUGGCCCACGACGUUCGCGGCAUCAGCGACAAGGGCGCAACGGGUGCUGGUGGUGGAAAGGGACAGGGAAAGCGCCCGCAGUCGAAACAGCAGCAGUCGCGCGCACAGGACGGCGGCGCGCCCGGCAAGCUCUCUCGACAGGGCACGUCGUCGUCUCUCACCGGGGGCGGCGGAGGUGGAACGAAUGGCGCGAGCAACAGCAACAAGACAAGCAGCAAUAGCAACAGCACUGGCAACAACAAAGCUGGUGGUGCCGGUGCCGGUACGGGUGCGGGUGCAGCCAAGGCGCCCGUGCGGCCCGCGGCCAGCGAUUGCGUCCCAUUGCCGUCGCGCAACGGAUUGCUGCUUGCAGGCACAGACGGCAGUAUGCGGUUGUUUGACACGCCCGCCUUCAACUCGCACUGGGUGCUUGGCAUGCACGACAUUUCUGCGGCUGCCGCCGACGCGCGUGGCGUGUGCGUGUGCGUGUCGUGCGAUGGCGCGUACGUGCUCACCGCCGGCGCUGACGGGGGCGUGUUUGUGCUGAAGCUCAACGCAUUUGAUGGUGUGUCGUCCAGCACGCUCCCUGCGCAGGAGGCAACCGAGCUUGGCGAGAAGGACGUCGGCACGCCCGUGGCGGACAUCCUGGACCCGGCGAGCUACAGCAUCGAGGAGGACCUGCAGAAGGCGGAGCGGGACUCGUUUGUGGCCGCGGCCGAGCGCAAGAAGCAGAGCAUGCGCAGCAGCGUGUUGCAGCUGCGGCGGGAGUUUGAGCGCCUGCUUGCACGCAACGCGGCGCUGCCUGCAUCGCAGCGACUGCCGGCGGAGGCGUUUGUGAUGAACCUGUCGCUGCGCCACGACAUGGAGGAGCGGAAGAAGGCCGCGGUGCAGCAGCUUGAGCGCGAGAUGGCGUGGGAGCUGGAGAAGGCGCGCAUUGGGCACCAGAAGCUGCGCAAGCACUUUAUGGAUGACGUGGCGCAGCCGCGCGUGGAGAUUGCGUGUCUGAAGCGGUGUGAGGCCGUGGCUGGCUUCCGCACGCCGCAGCUGUCGGAUGCGUUUGUCAAGUCCAACUCGGCGCUGGUCAAAUCUGUGACACGCAUGUCAACGCUCAUGAACCGCGCGCGCAAGUCUGUGACGCGGCGGCAGGAGCGGGCGGAGUUCCACAAGCAGAUGGCGGAGUCGCGGCUGCGGCACCAGCAGCUGCUCGAGCAGCAGGCGCGGGAGGAGAGCAAGGCGGCACAGGCAACACAGGCCGGCAGGGGCGAGGGCGGGUCGGCGACGCUCAACGCCACGCAGCGGCAGCUGGCAGCGUCGCGGGACAGGAAGGAGGCGGAGAGGAGGAAGGCGGAGGAGCGGCAGCGGCGGCGGUCGGAGAUGCGCGCACGCAUGGAGGAACUGAUGAAGGUGAAGCCGGACCCGAAGAAGAUUGACCCGAGCGACGAGGCGAAGAUCAAGCACCUGCGGCAGAACAUGGGCGACUACAAGCUGAAGACGUCCAAGGACUACUUUGUGCCUGUGGAGGAGCGGGUGAACACGGCGAAGAAGCGGGACCAGAUCAUGGCGCUGCGCAAGCGCAUCUACGACGCCAAGACCAUCUUCAACAGCCACAUCCUGACCCUGCGCCGCCACAAGGUCGAUGCCAUUGAGAAGAUCAAGGUGUGCCGCGACCUUCUGCGCGUGCUCUAUGCGCAGCUUGGCCGCCCAGAGACCGACCUGCCGGAGGUUCCCAAGCUACUUUCCUCGGAGUUCCCUGAGCGGCGCGAUGACGUCACGCCAGAGCGCCUGGCGAAGUUCAGGGUGGAAUACGAGCAGCAGCUGCUGCGCGAGCGGGAGGAAGCGGCCAAGGCGCGCAGCGGCGGGUUUGGUGGGUUUGGCGGGUUUGGCGGUGGUGGCGGUGGUGGCGGUGGUAGUGGCGACAGCAAGAAGACGGCGGGCGAUGGCGCAGAUGGGAGCAGUGGUGACGGUGCUGGCAAGGGCGGAAGCAACGCUCCUGGUGGUGGUGGCGGUGGCAGCAGCGGGAAUGGUGAGCUGAGCAGCCGCCCAAGCCUGACUGAUGUGGCGCGCCCACGCCGCCGCAGCACCAUCUUCCUGCCGACGCCGAGCCGUGGUGGCGGCGGCGGUGGCGGCAACGUCGCUCUUGCGCACAUGGGCGGAGACGAGACGCGGCUGCGGCGGGAACUGGCCAUGGAGUGCGAUCGCCUUCACAACCGCAUUGACGACAUCAUCAAGCAGUUUGACGAGAAAGUCUUGCAGCUGCUGCGCACAAAGCGAGACACAGAGGUGCGCAUCAAGUUUGCAGAGUACAUGCACGUGCUCUGCUAUCAGGAACUCGUCCAUCUCAAAGUCUUUGACAUUCGCGAACAGGAGCUGGAGAAGGUGCGUGACGCGAAGGAGAAGGAGCUUGAGGCGUGCCAGGAAGCGAACGACAACGCGACGCAGACGUAUGCCGCCCGCCAGAAGGAGCUGGCACGCCUGCAAACGCAGGAGAAGCAGCUGCAUGCAGAGUUUGGUGCGCUGCUGGGCGACGGCCACCCGUUUGCCAAGUUCCUGACGCGCAUGUUUAAGCGGCGAAUCAAGCGGCGCCGGCGAAAGAGCGGCGACAACGGCAGCAAGGGCGGGCGCGGUGACGGUGACGGCGAUGGUGAUGAGACGGACGACGAGGAGGAUGACGAUGAUGAUGACGACUACUUCAGCAGCGACGACGACGACUACCUCGACGAUGACAGCGACAUGGAGGACUUUGACGACUCUGUGUGCCCGGCCGGGUGCGACCCGUCUGCAUAUGAGCGGGUGGCAGCGCUGCGCGAACGGCGGCUGGACAUUGAGGAGGCGAUUGCCGACGUGAAGCAGCAGACGGACAAGGUGAAGAAGGAGACAGACAGCACGGCGAAGCGGCUGAAGACGCUGCAGAGCGCCCUUGAGCGUGCGGAGAACGACAUUGCCGCGUUCCAGGUGGAGAAACAGCACAAGCUCAACGAACUCCACGUCGCCGUUCCUCUUCGGGCCAGCCAGAUUCACUUUAUCGAGGACGAUUGGCUGCCUGCUGAUUUCUCGGAAGCGCUGGUGUUCUCGCGGCAGGGCCUUGAGCGGCUGCAUUCGACCAUUGCGGGCCUGCAGGAGGAGAAGACGAAGCAGCGCCAGGUGUUUAAGGAGAUUCGGUCCACACAGGCGCGCCUGCACCGGGAGCUGAAGGAGAAGGAGGCCGAGAACAAAGAGUACAAGCGCAAAUGCGAUGAGAUGCAGCACCUCAAGUUUGGGCGCAUUGUUGACUUGGAGGAAUUGGACGCCAGUGGCAGCGGCAACCGCCAAGCAGAGCAACUCAAGGAAACACAAGCCGAGAUUGAGUUUGAGCAAGAGAAGGAGACGCGCGACCUUGACCUUGAAAUCUCUCGCCUGCGCAGCGAGCUGUCGAUGCUGACGCGCCAGAACACGGCCGUACUCUCUGAUCUGACGGAUCUCAAGCGGGACCGCUCUGAGCUUGAGAAGCAGCUGGACAGCGGCAAGCAGCUGCUGCACACGUCCGCCGCAGAGGAGGUGGCGGCGCACACGCGCGAGGAGGUGAAGCGCUUGAAGCGGCUGGCCAACAUGCAGCAGGAGCAAAUCUCAAGUCUGCACUCGGAGCUGCAGCAACUCAUCCGUAAGGGCGGGCAUGUUGCCCCGCCUCAAAAGUCUUCAAACGUCGCCCCUUUGCCGCCGCUGUGACCGAAAACACGAGGAGGGGACGUGUGAAUGUGGAAACACACCUGGUUUGGGUUUGAGUAGUUGCCCUUGUGUGUGUGUGGGUGUGGGUGUGUGUGUGUGGGUGGGUGGGUGUGCGCUUUUGAUGUUUUUUUUUUUUUUGUGUGUGUGUGUGCUUCGUGCUCAAGCUGUAGUGAGCUUGCAUGCAAGAAAGCAAGAAGAAGUAAACAAGAAGUGACGCAAGUCUCAU